GUGUUACUUGAUCCUCAAUUAAUAUCGAGAGACAGGUAGACCAUGUGGUCGACUACCAAAGCGGUUUUUAAUGUAACUGCGCAUUAAGUUUGAGUGAAAAAAGUAAUUUGUUUCCGUUUUCAGACUCCUUUCAGAUAAAAUAUGGGUUCCGUGAAACAAAGUAAAAAAACACGAAGUGGUCGGACGUCUUCAUCCGAAAACGAAUCGGGACAAGAAGACGCUAUUUUAGGAGACGACAAGGCUUUUCAAAGUUUAACCAACAUGUUCACAAGUAUGGCUUUUAAAAACAUGGUCGCACUUUCGCCCAAAGUGCGCAGACGUAUCAACGCGUUGAGGGUCCUUCAAAAGGAGUUCAUCGAGAUAGAGUCAAAGUUCUACGCUGAGGUGCAUGAGCUCGAAUGUAAAUACGCAAAAUUGUACGAGCCACUAUUUGAAAAGCGCGCGCAAGUUGUGAACGGCACGUACGAGCCCACCGAGGAAGAGUGUCACAUACCCUGGCAUGAUGAUUUGGAGGAGAACCUCGCUGAAGCUGUCCAGAGUACGGGGCUCACUGACAAGGAGACACCGGAGAUCAAAGCUAAAGAACCUGCUGAGGACAUGGACGCUAAUGUUAAGGGCAUCCCAGAUUUCUACCUUACUAUAUUCAAGAAUGUGAUCAUGCUGGGUGACAUGGUGCAGGAGCAUGACGAACCAAUACUUAGAUGUCUACAAGAUAUUAAGGUGCAAAUGCAUGACGACACAUUGGGUUUUACGCUGGAGUUCCACUUCGCGCCCAACGAAUACUUCACAAACACAAUCCUCACAAAGCAGUACUCGUUGAAAUUGGUCCCUGACGAAGACGACCCCCUGAAGUUCGAGGGUCCCGAGAUCUAUGCUUGCAAGGGUUGUGAAAUAGACUGGAAAGCGGGCAAGAACGUAACGAUCAAGACGAUAAAGAAGAAACAGAAGCACAAGUCGCGCGGCUCGGUGCGCACGGUCAAGAAGACUGUGCCCACCGACUCGUUUUUCAAUUUCUUUGCUACCAAGUCGGAGGAUCCCGACUCCACGGUCGAUGCGAAUACACAGACGCUGCUGGCGCUCGACUUCCAAAUGGGCCACUACAUCCGCGAGCGCGUGGUGUCGCGCGCCGUGCUGCUCUACACCGGCGAGGGGCUCGAGGACGACGAGGACUUCGAGGAGGAGGAGGAGGAGGAGGAUGAGGAGGACGACGAGGAUGAGGAUGGGGAAGCGGACCCGAACGCGGACGUUGCCGGCUGCAAGCAGCAGUAGCCGGGCUCCCGGCCCUGCCCUUCUCCCUACCGGGGCUUCGCACCCCGAACCCCCCGCCAGGCGAAACCUCACCCUGUUAUAACAAGCCCCGCAUCCAAAGAAAUUUCGUAUCACAUUUAGCCUUGGUCACUGAUGUGAUCCUGUGUUAUUUUUUAAAUUAAUGUGGAAAUAACACUUGUAAUUUGUAAAGGGUUUCAAAUUAAUUGCGCACCUAAUAAGUGCCGUUUCGAUAACGUGUCUAACGAUGUAAAUAUUAUCCUUAGAUCUGACACUGUUUUAUUGUCAGGAUAAAAUUGAAUUAUGCAUAAAAAUUAUGUACGUAUUACCUUCAUAUGAUAGGAGAAAAGCACGGCUUGCAUUUGAGUUGUCAUUACACAUUCUAUGUAAUAACUAAAACCGUUAUAUAACUUACGUUUAAGGCGAACUAGUUAAAUAAAUUGAUACGUUAUUUUUAAAAUUGUUUAUAUUUGCAGUAUUCUGGUUGGUGUGAUAUUCGGUCGAACCACUGCCUAAUGUUGUGUAGUCCCUAAAUAUAGCCAUCAUUAUAAGUCUUUGUAGACAUUCCUAUCCGUACCUACUGUAUAUACUAGUUUAUAAAUAUCCGCCUUUCAUUGAAUGUCUGUUCGAUUAAAAAUUGAGAGGUGCUUCUAGGCAUGGAUACGUCAACAUUUUUUUUUAAAUACUGCACAUGUUUGGUGAAAUAUUGUUUUAUGCGAAUCUAUAUAAUAUUACUCUUUAUAUAUAUAGACGCGUGUAAAACGCAGAUUCCGUAAACGGUAAAUCUACAUGCUUUGCCCUUAGUUAUUUUUAUAUGCUCACAACAACAAGCGAGACCAUCUUUUAUUAUGUGAUAUAGUUAAAAUCGGCUGUAUUUUGUUGUAAACAGCUGUUCGAUACUUUAACUGUCUUUAAGACUGUACUAGUUGUAUUGUGAUCAAUAAUUGUACGCUCGUCUUAACAGAAGCGGUUAGCUUUUGAGACGAGUCAAGGCCUAGUACGUGUGUGCAAGUUGCAUAUGUACUGCAUACACCGGUCAGCUAUUAGGGUAUUUGUACACAACAUUUUUAAAUAAAUUAAAUUUUAACAA